GCCAAAAUUCACCCAAGGAAUGUGAAUUGAUUCUUUUCAAUAAGCGUGGAAUAAACACGUCACUUCUGGAAGUGUGGCAGUUGAUGCAAUAUGUAUUUCCAUGAAUAGUUAGCUGACAACAAAGCAGUAUAUAUACAUCACGGAGACCCAAUCCACUUGAUUUCCUGGAGAAAACGCAUUGUGUUGGGGUUGAACUGGACUAAACCUUCUACUUGUGGAUCUUGAAAACGACAUUUCUAAACAACAGUUGUGAACAACAAACUUACAAAGCGACCUGUUGUUGUCGACCACUUGAAACACGACUGGUGAUACAUACCAUUGAUACUGACGCUGACACCAUGAUGACGUCAUGGACCUACCUGUUCGUUGUGCUGAUUAGUUUUACCUGUGUCGCAGCGCUACCCACACGUGCAGGCGAAUCUGAAGACGAAGAAGAGAAGAAAGAAGACCGUCUGCUAUUCGAACCCAAGAAAGGAGGGGAAGACAAACAGGGAAAAGUUGCGCCACCUGGCAAACAUCAGCAGGAAGAGGCGAUAAUUGAGAACACAGCCGCAUGGAAGAAAGCAGUCGAGGAAAAGAUUGGCCGAGAAACUCCCAAAGAUCACGGCGAGAUCGGGUCCCUCGGUGGAGAGGCUCUAGCACACGGUGCCCACGAGGGUGACCUUCACGGCAAGGUCCCAGAGGAGAAGGCGAUCAAACAUGUCGACACUGGCGCUCUGGGGGAGGACUUCCUCCACAACGUGAUGCAUGAUGGGGAAGAAAACCACGAGGAGGCGGAUAAACAAUUGCUGAAGGAGAGACCAGCUGAAAUAGGGGAUGUGGCCAAAAUGAACUUCGAUAAAGAGAGCUUGAAGCAGUUUAAGGAGGAUGCUUUCAAAGAUCCUGAUCCCACUGAUAAGAAGUUCGACAACCAAGACCACGGUCCUAAACGACCUGACAAGGCGCUGCACGGAGUUCUGAUGCACGGGGACCAGGAAGCGGGGAAGGAUCACAGCCAUGAGGACCAAGUCAAGAAGGAGGACAAGCCGAGAGGGGAGGACACAGUCCGGAUUGGACGGGUAGACAAAACCGCCUUUCUGAAAGAAGAAGAGAAAGUCGCCAGAGCCACGCCAAACACGGUCGACACGGAACAGCUGCUGCACGGGGCUGGCAAGGGGCACGUGCAUGAUCAUGCGGCACCGAAGGGAUCGCGUGACGACGGGGUUGAGGAUGGCGUCCUGGACGAAAACUUCAUGCACAACCUGAUGCACGGAGGUCUCGAGAAACACGAGCACGAUGACUCACGGUUGAAGAAAGAGAAAGCGAUUCGUCCUCGGGAUCUGGAAAACUUGGGCCUGGACAAAAGCUUGUUGAAAGGUCUUGACCUGAAGAAGAUGAUCCAAGAUGAUAUGGAGGAAUAUAAUAAAUUCAUAUCGGAGAAAGGCGGGGAUGAUGACUCGAUGUGGAACAUCUUCAACAGCUUCCAAUUCCGCUACUUCAAGAACGGCGAGGACAUCGACGACAUCAGCUCCCGGCAGCCUGUAGACGAGUGGGAUGACUCUGUGAUAACCCCUGUUGCCAAGGGGGACGACGGCAUCAACCACAAACAUCCGUAACACGACACGUCAGCGAUCUGAAAACGUUUUUUGUUGAUAUGAGCUUCCGCUUUCAAUGCAAAUAUUCAGUUUACUUUACCAAUGUUAACAGAUGAGUAAGUUGAUAGGUUUAUGAAGACAAAACUUACUGAUUCUUAUGUUAGAUACGUAUGAUAAUUGCAUCUUUACGUAAGCGUACACAAUAGAUGAAGUCUGUAUAUACAAAGGACCUAAAUCCGUUAUGACCGCGUCUGGUCUUGGCUGAGACUUUAUAGGAUAUUAUUGAUGUGAGAUAUCGCGUAAUUUAUAGUUUGACAUAAAAAAUAGAAGUGUUUAAAUUCGUCAUAUGAUAUCCAAACAGCCCAUUGAUCCGGCAUUCAGUCUUGAGACAUUACGCCUUCAUGAAAGAGAUGAAAGUACUUUGUUGACUCUUAGGAAGUUUUUUUCAGAUUCGUAAUGUACAGGUGAAAUGGACUGCGAUGACGAAGUGAAGGUGUUCAUGAAGUGUGUAAAUAUUGUUACAUCCGGGUAAAUACGGUAUGGGUUUGUGGCUUCUUGCUAACUGCUUACCUUGAGAUAACAGAGGGACAUUUCUUAUUGAUAGACUUCUAACAUAACUUCUUUUCUCGUAACUUCUUUUUUGCAAAGAUGCAUCUUUUGCAAUAAAGAAUAAAUGCCACAAAGAAGUUACUGACAGAGAACUUUCCUCGUCCAGGCUUAUAAGUGUGAUGUUACACUGUGAUAUUAUACAGUAUAUGUGAUGGUGACUGAAUAUAUAUACAUGAUCAACUUGUGACACCAAGAUCUGUACCAGCUCAGCCCGGUACUUACUGUGUUUCAAACGGCUAUGUAUAUGGUGUAUCUGUAGCUGAUUUACGUGAUCAAACCAAAGUUUUAAUGUUCUUUAAAAUUGCUGGUCGAAUUACAACAGUACAUCCCCCAUUGGGGAAUAUAUAGAAUAUUGGCGUACAUGCACAGUUCCAUCUUGUGUCUGUAUUAUAGUGUGUGAAUAAAUGUAUAUAUUUA